GUUGGAUGAUUUAUGGAACCAUUUUGAUUGGGACAUCCCUUCCUUGCCGAUGAUCUUUGUUACAACCCAUAAUAGAAUCAUUGAUUUUCCAUUAAAGUUGACCCCGUCUCAAUUUCAGAAACUGAAUUUUGUUGAUCCAAAUCUCUGAAAAAAAGUAAAUUUUUGCAGAAUAAAAUUUGAUACCAUGGGUUAUUCAACGGCAAUGGAGAUUCUCGGCGAGAGAGCUUCAUGGAUGAGGGAGUCUUUGCAGAAGAGCCAGGCCGUCGCCGAUAAUAUGGUCGCCAUCCUUGGUUCAUUUGAUAGCCGUCUCUCUGCCCUCGAAACAGCCAUGCGCCCUACUCAGCUGAAAACACGUUCGAUGCGGAGAGCACAUGAAAAUAUCGACAAGACUCUUAAAGCCGCUGGAGUCAUUUUGAGUCAAUUUGAUCUUGCUCGUCAGGCCGAGGCAAAAGUACUGAGGGGACCUCAUGAGGAUUUGGAAAGUUAUCUAGAAGCAGUUGAUCAGUUAAGGAGCAUUGUUGGUUUUUUCAAUAGUAAGAAAAGCCUACAAAGCACUAUUGGGGUUGUCAACCAUGCCAAUAACUUACUCGCAAAGGCGAAGCUGAAACUUGAAGAAGAAUUCCGUCAGCUUUUGGCAUCGUAUAGCAAGCCUGUGGAGCCUGAUCUUUUAUUUGACUGCCUCCCAACUACAUUGCGGCCUUCAACUGGAGGAUCAUCACCUGCACCAGGGGAUGGUACUAGCGGCAUGAAAUCCUCCGAGCACCAUAAGAAGAGUCUGGAGCCUGUAGUUUACCAUCCUCCUACACUGAUUCCACCAAGAAUACUUCCUUUGCUACAUGACUUGGCUCAUCAAAUGGUUGAAACUGGUCAUCAUCAACAGUUGUUCAACUUUUACAGUGAAUCCCGAGGCUUAGUCAUGGAACAAAGCCUCAAAAAACUAGGAGUUGAAAGACUAAGCAAGGACGACGUGCAAAAGAUGCAAUGGGAAGUUCUGGAGGCCAAGAUCGGUAAUUGGGUACAUUUCAUGCGAAUCGCAGUGAAACUUUUGUUUGUUGCGGAAAAGAAAGUCUGUGAUCAGAUUUUCGAGGGUCAUGAUUCCCUCAGGGAUCAAUGUUUUUCAGAAGCAACGACGGAUAGCGUAGGCAUGCUUCUUAGUUUUGGAGAGGCUAUUGCCAAAAGCAAGAGAUCCCCUGAAAAACUGUUUGUUCUUCUUGAUAUGUAUGAGAUAAUGAGAGAGCUUAAACCUGAGAUUGAUGUUAUAUUUGGAAGCAAGUACGGAAAUGAUGUGCGAGAAGCUUCUUCGGUGUUAACAAAGCGCCUGGCACAGACUGCUCAAGAUACUUUUGUUGAUUUUGAAGAGGCUGUUGAGAAAGAUACCACAAAAACUACAGUGCUUGAUGGCACCGUUCACCCGUUAACUAGCUAUGUGAUUAACUAUGUCAAAUUUUUGUUUGACUACCAAUCAACUCUUAAGAUACUUUUCACGGAGUUUGGUGGUGAUGCUGAUGCGGAUGAGAAGUUGGCAUCUCUAACAACUCGCAUAAUGCAGGCACUUCAAAGUAAUCUGGAUGGGAAAUCAAAGCAGUACAAGGAUCCUGCUUUAACUCAGCUAUUUCUCAUGAAUAAUAUGCAUUAUAUAGUAAGAGCGGUGCGCAAGUCAGAAGCGAAAGAUAUGCUGGGGGAUGAUUGGGUGCAGAUACAAAGAAGAAUCGUUCAACAACAUGCGAAUCAAUACAAGCGGAUCUCAUGGUCCAAGAUUCUCAGUUGUCUCUCUGUUCAAGGAGCUUCCUCGGCGGGUGGAAGUGGCACAUAUGCUGAUGGUGGUGGCAGCAGCAACAGUGGGGUAUCAAGAGCAAAUGUGAAAGACAGGUUCAAGACCUUUAACCUUCUAUUUGAGGAACUUCAUCAAAGGCAAUCACAAUGGACGGUCCCAGACAGUGAGCUCCGUGAAUCCCUGAGACUGGCUGUUGCGGAAGUCCUACUCCCGGCUUAUAGGUCUUUCAUAAAACGUUUUGGGCCCAUGAUACAAAAUGGUAAAAAUCCCGGUAAAUACAUUAGAUAUAGUCCUGAGAUCCUUGAAAAACUACUAGCCGAGUUUUUUGAAGGUAAAACAUGGAAUGAACCAAGGAGAUAGAUCAAUCAUAUCAACAUGAAAGGUGUUUAUUCAUUCAGACUCAAAGGUUGUUGGAAAAUAAAUAGUACUCGACAG